CGCCGCAUUACGCGCUGUACGUUCUUGGGGGUGGGGCUGCAGCGUCGGCGCGAGCGCUCUCCUUGUGGGCAUGCGCAGUGAGGCGCUCGGGGCCUCGUCAGGUGGAUGAUAUACUCCGUGAGAGAAAGAAAAAGGAGGGGGGCCGCUUGGCUUUGUAACUGACUCGAGGACAGACUUUAAUGCUAGUUUUAGUGUCUUUUUUUGCGCGCGAGAGAGACGGCGGGGAGGGGGCAGGUGGCCUUAUAUUUCUCCCGCGCGCGGGGGCGGGCGACGCUCUGUGAGGCCCACCUUCUUCGAUGGCCGACGGAGGAAAAGGAGGAUACAGCGAGCAUGAUGAUCGUGUGGGUGGAGGUGGAGGCGGCAACAGGGGCUUCCCAGGGAGGAGGCGAAAAGGCCGGGGGCCCUUCCGAGGGAAGAUGUACAGUGAGAUUAACCAUCACCAGCGGAACUGGAGCAAUGCAGGGCCCAGUCCUCGGAGCCGGCUGGAAGAGGAGGACGGAGAUGUUCUCAUGAGUGACCCUCAUGAUGCGCUGCGAUCCCGCUACACUCCUUACGGGCAGCGACCGAACAGACAAGAUCGGGAGCGGGGAGGCAUCAGCAGUAUAAGCCUUACAGUGAGACAGAAUCUGAGUGUCCCAGAACGGCCUGUCCCCAGGACCAUGGUCUCCAGGAAGAACUGGUUCAAGAUUACAAUUCCCUACGGAAGGAAAUAUGAAAAGGCCUGGCUGAUUAAUGCCAUUCAGAACUUGAGCAGUGUGCCCUUCAAUCCUGUGGAGCUUCACUACUCCAAUAAUCGAGCACUGUUUUAUGUGGAAGAUGCCACUGCAGCCAAUGCUCUCAAACAGGCGUCUCGCAAGAUUGUGGCCCCAGAUGGCUACAAGGUAGUGAUACUCGCAAACGCAUGCAGUCCCCCCAUGUCUGCCCAGCGUGAAUUGAAACCAGAGGAGAUUGAGCAGCUGAAGCUUUGCAUGAGUAAAAGAUAUGAUGGUCCCCAGCAGGCCUUGGAUCUAAAGAAUGUUCACGCGGAUCCAGAUCUGGUGGCCCAAAACAUUGACAUGGUGUUGAGCCGCCGAACCUGCAUGCUAGCUGUGCUGCGCAUCAUCCAGGAGAACAUCCCUGAGCUCCUGUCUCUGAACUUGAGUGACAACAAGCUCUAUCGACUGGAUGAUAUGGCUGAGCUGCCCCAGAAGGCUCCCAACCUGAAGAUUCUCAAUUUGUCUUGCAACCAGUUGAAGACAGACCGUGAUCUGGACAGGUUGAAAGGCUUGAAGCUUGAGGAACUCUGGCUGGAUGGCAACCCUCUGUGUGAUAGCUUCCGGGACCAGUCCACCUACAUCAGCGCCAUCCGAGAACGGUUUCCGAAGCUGCUGAGGCUGGACGGUCAUGAACUCCCCCCUCCUAUCGCUUUUGAUGUUGAAGCACCGACUACGCUGCCCUCUAGUAAGGGUAGUUAUUUUUGCUCUGAAGACUUGAAAGCGUUGAUUCUACGAUUUCUGCAACAAUACUACACCAUCUAUGACUCGGGGGACCGGCAAGGCUUAUUGGAUGCCUACCACGAUGGAGCCUGCUGCUCUCUGAGUAUCCCCUUCACAGUGCAGAACCCUUCCAGGAGCAGUUUGGCUGAAUACUUUAAGAACAGCAGGAAUGUGAAGAAACUUAAGGAUCCCACCAUGCGCUUCAGGCUCCUCAAGCACACAAAGCUGAACGUUGUGGCUUUCCUCAGUGAGCUGCCCAAGACUCAACAUGACAUCAACUCCUUUGUUGUGGAUGUCUGUGCACAGACGAACACGCUGCUGUGCUUCACUCUCAACGGGAUCUUCAAGGAAGUGGAUGGCAAGUGUCGGGACUCCGUGCGGUCCUUCACUCGUGUGUUCAUCGCUGUGCCUGCUGGCAAUAACGGGCUGUGCAUCGUGAACGAUCAGUUGUUCAUUCGUAAGGCCACCAACAAGGAGAUCCGCAAAGCUUUCGUCAUGCCGGCGCCCACGCCCUCCUCCAGCCCGGUGCCCACACUCACAGCCGAGCAGCAGGAAAUGCUGCAAAAUUUCUCACUGCAGUCGGGCAUGAACCUUGAGUGGUCUCAGAAGUGCCUCUUGGACAAUGAUUGGAACUACGCUCAUGCGGCCCACGCCUUCACCCAGCUCAAGGCUGAGGGGAAGAUCCCAGAAGUGGCUUUCAUCAACUGAGUGUUGCCUGCCCCCGUUGCCCUGACCAAAGCCAACAAAGCGACAUUUUAUCCUUUGGCUACUUGUUUUGUAAAUAAAUGAAAGUUUCACUAUGUAAAUUAAGAGACUCUCACCCUUUUAUGACUGUGAAGACUGCAGCCAUGCCUGUUGCCAUUGGGGUGCAGGCAAAAGCUACGACAGGUGCUUGUGGAAGAGGCAGCACUUCUUACCUGCGGUGACGGGAGGAAAACAAGAAGAGUUGCUGUGUAGACUGGCUUUUUAGAGGACAGAGCUAACCCUCCUUGGGGAUUUGGAGGGAAGGCGCUCCAUUCUUGUUUCUCCCCCCCCCCCUUUUAUUUUGGAAACCUGGUUUAACAUACCUGCUUCCUCCCCCCCCCCCCCAGCAGCUACUGUCUCAGGAGUCAAGUUUUGUACGUGCCUAGAGUAAGAAGGGCCCAGCAGUUCCCAACAUAGAUUUAUAUUAUAGCCCUCGAGGGCAGGGGGAACCAUAAAUGUUAAAGUUGCCACAGCCAGCAGCUUCCCAGUCCCUUCUGGUGAUCUUCCCAAUGCUACCAGAGACAGUGGGUUCCUAGUUCUAGGGUGCCUCAAGAGGAUUUAGGUAUGGAACCCAAAGCCUGCCCAGCUAAGACGGCUGGCCUCCAAAGCAUAGCCCUUCUGGGACGUUGGUUCACUCUUUCCCCCAGUUCCUGGGGGUUUGCUGUUGUUCACCUCUUAAGGGAGAGGAAGCGCGGGAGAGGUUGGCAUGGUCAGCAAGCUGUAGCUUCUAUAUGUCUCUUCUGCCUGUAGUUCUUGAAAACACUGUGUUUAGUAAAAUUACUCCUUACAACCAUGGUGUGCCUCAUGUGGUAAUGUUCUAAACUUCCCCUGGCCAUGUGGAUUUUUGGCCCUGCCCAGCUUCUACAUUCUGUCACAUGUACAAGUUAUAUAAAUAAGUAUUCCCCCCCACACAAUCUUUUUGCUAAGGUUGCGCCUGAAUCUUUGGCCCUCCAAAUGUUGCUGAACUCCCAUCAUCCCUGCCAACGGCCAUGCUUUCUGGGGCUGAUGGGAGUUGUAGUUCAGCAACAUCAGGAGGGCCAAAGGUUCCUCACAUCUGUUUUACUGGCUUAAAGAAGGGGUGGGGAGGGCACUGAAGCCUAUGCCUUCUGCCCUGAGUUUAUCCUACUCAAUAUAGGUGUGUGCCUUUUCUGAAAGCGAAGGGGGGUAGCUUGCAUUUCUCCCCCAGAGGAAGGUGGCUCUUAACUGCAGCCCUGACACAUCUGAAAGCCCUCCUGUCCCAGGUUAGAGAGAGACAGGUGACUAAGGAGCCUUGGCAAAGCUUUCUUGUUUUAGACUCUGAUGGGAAUGAUACCAACAUUGGAUCUGAAACAUUGUGCUUAAGUGACCAAAGGAUUCAUGCUGGUGAGUUAGAGAAUCGAAAGUCAGAAAUUCACAGUCUAGUCCCUGCUAAGGCAGACAAUCCACUGCUAUGAAAUCCUUGAAAGGUGGCCAUCCAGCCUCUCCACCGAGGCCCUCACCAAUUUUCAAGUGGUCUGUGAGGAAAAGUGUUUGGGAACCACUGGUCUAUCCAAUGGAUCUAAAUAUAUUACCAGCUCGUCAUAAUCUCAGGCUAAACGUUCCCAACUUAUUCAACCUUUCCUCACAGGACUUGGGUGUCUAAGCGUCUUUGUUGUCUUCUGGAUACGUUGCCAUUCAAAUCCUACAUGCCAUAAAUGCUGUAAUUUUUGCAAUUUGAAAAUACAAUUUGAUUCCGAGCUGUCUAUGGAGGCCCAAGUUUCAUCGGUGUGCCGAGCAGCUUGGGGUCAACUGCGCCUCGUUCGAAGGCUGCAACCCUAUCUUCCUGUUCACCAACUCCCACUUGUAGUGCACGCUCUGGUCACCUCUCGUUUAGACUACUGCAAUGCGCUCUACGUGGGGCUACCCUUGAAAACAGUCCGGAAACUACAGCUGGUACAAAAUACGGCGGCUCGUUUACUUACGAAUAGCCGCCGUUAUGAUCAUAUUACUCCAGUGCUCUACAAUCUACACUGGCUUCCAGUUGCUUUCCGGGCUCAAUUCAAGGUGUUGGUAUUAACCUUUAAAGCCCUAUACGGUUUGGGCCCAGUAUAUCUGACGGAGCGCCUCCACCGUCAUAAAUUGUGCCGCCCUACGAGAUCUGCCACACAGGACCUGCUCUCAGUCCCACCAACUAAAGUAGCUAGGUUGGUGAGGACUCGGGAGAGGGCUUUCUCUGUGGCGGCCCCCUUGAUCUGGAACUCCCUCCCAAUAGAUCUUCGACAUGCCCCUUCCCUAGAAAUAUUUCGCCGGGGCCUGAAGACUUGGCUCUUUAACCAGGCCUUUACAACUUCUGAGACUCUAGGGUAAAUUAGCCUUGUAUUGAAAUGCUGAUAAUUUAUUAUACUGAACUUGUAUGUAAUGUAUUGACUAUAUCUUACUUACUGUAUUUUAUCAUAAUUUACUGUAAGCCGCCUAGAGUGGCCAUUGGCCAGAUAGGCGGCCUAUAAAUUAAAGUUUAUUAUUAUUA